AUGGCAGGAGCGGCGUCCCCGGGGAACCCCGCGGGGCUCUCGGCCUCCCAGCGGCGGGCGGAGCUGCGGCGGAGGAAGCUGCUGAUGAACUCGGAGGAACGGAUCAACCGCAUCAUGGGCUUCCACCGGCCCGCGGGCGGGCAAGAUGACGAAAGUCACGUCGAAUCGAAACUUCAACACGAGCAAGAUAAAUCAAAUUCCCUUCCUCUUCCUUCUGUUUCUAAGAGAAUCGUGCUCGGUGAUUCUGUCUCUAACGUGUCCGGAUCGGCUGACCAUGCAGGCAGCCUGGGAGACCUCAAAGGGGAUAAGGACUUGUUCAGUAAAACUCCACAGCUUGUCAGUGAGGGUACAGGCGAGCUCCGUCACCGUAACAGAGGGGAGCUGCCAUCCGAAGCCACUGCACGGCCACCCAGGCAUGGAUUAGAGCAGUACUUAUCCAGAUUCGAUGAAGCUCUGAAGCUGAGGAACCAGCUGAUGAGUGAGAAGCCAAGCCAAGAGAACGGGAAUGCGGUGGAGGAGUUUGAUUCUUUCCGCAUUUUUAGAUUAGUGGGAUGUGCUCUGCUUGCCGUUGCAGUGAGGGCGUUUGUGUGCAAAUACUUGUCGAUAUUUGCACCAUUUCUUACUCUACAACUUGCAUACAUGGGACUAUCCAAGUACUUUCCAAAGAGUGAGAAGAAGGUGAAAACGACAGUACUAACUGCUGCUCUUUUACUGUCUGGAAUCCCUGCAGAAGUGAUCAGUCGCUCUAUGGACACCUACAGCAAAAUGGGAGAUGUUUUCACAGACCUCUGUGUCUAUUUCUUUACUUUUAUCUUUUGCCACGAACUUACUCUGUUCUUCGGCUCGGAAGUACCAUGAUGGCUGUAGAGUUCAAUGCAGUACUUAGACUAAAGCUUUCUGGUCUGUAUGCCUUUAACAUCUGACAGGUUGAAACCUUAGUUAAAAUUCUUUCCUGUUUUUGAAUGCUUGAAAGGAGCCUUAAAUCCAGUCAUUUGGGAGCUGGAACAGCAAGGUCCCAGGCUGCCAAUUUGGUUUAUUUAAAUACUGUGUCUGCCCACUAAAAAUGUGAAGAAUAGAAUGCAAGUGUUGCUGGAUGAUUUGUUUAGUAAGGUGAUGUCCUUCUCACCUCCUUCAUAAAAAUUUACAAAGCUACCAUUGUUCCUUCUGGUGAGAGCAAAGAGAAUUCCUUUCAGCAGAACCAAAUAUAUAUAUAUAUAUAGAACAAAUAUAGCUAAUAUAGCUCAGUUUGUGUUGCUCCUGUUUUUAAAGAAAGCUCUAAAUGAAAGAAAUCCCUGUAUUUUGUUGUUCCAGUUCAGAUUGUCAAACUAAGUAGCUGCUUUUGGAGAAUGUUGGCAAAACAUGCCACUGUUGUCCUAAACCUUGCCUUACAUACAUUGUGUGAUUGUGGUUAAUUUAAUUUGACAAUUAUAGGGCAAAACAGCCAAGCAAAAAAAAAAAAAAGGCAAAAAAAAAAAUCACCCAACCUCCUGUUGUUUACAAGUGUCAUUAAUCAAAAAGUGAGAAGAAACAGAAUUGUUAAAAUUGUGAAUCUGUUUGUGAGUUCUCAGCAGCCUAUUGCUAGCAUAGCUCACUGUGCUUUUUUCUAAACAAAUGAACAAAAAAUACCAACUCACCUCAGGAGAGGAAAGUUGUACAGACCGACCACCAAGCUGCAAUGUCAAACAUUUGUCUGUUAGAUGUAAAAAUAGGUCUUUGCUGGACUGCCUAGGACAGUUUUCUUCCUACAUGAACCUCAUUAUCUUGACAUGUUCAUGAUCAAUCAAUUGCAUGUGAACAGAACUAUAAUUGCCUAGGAGUUCUGCUAUGCUGUAUGACAGUACCACACCCUGGUAGUAUAAUAGGGUCUUUGAUUCAGCAGAUCUGUGGAUGUUAACUGAGUUGCUAACCGUUCCCUGAAGUGUUUUUGAAAUUGCCCCAGUGAAAUCCUAUUAGCUGUUCUUGUUUUAAAUCCCAUGCGUUACAUGUGAGAGGAAAAUAAGAAAUAAACUGCUGUUUUUAAUUGACUGCCACAUAAGGAUCUAUGUAUAAAGAGAGAAAGCAUAUUUUUCCUAUGGAUGUCCAGCCACAAAGCUGAAAAGACAACAAAUACAAGUGAGUCCUGGCUGAAGUAGCAGGCUACUGAACGUUCUUGUUUUCCAUUAUAAGAAUUUUGGUGAGAGGAGGGAGAUGAGAUGUCAUUCCAAAUAGUCAGCCUUACAUGCUGGUGAUCUGUGAAAAUUUAUGUUGAAGGUAAACUUGGUAUGAUUUUGCUUUGUAAUUUUAUGAUUAGAAUCUAGGCACUGAGGUAACAGGAGCUAAUGAACUUCUUUUAGAGUUCUUUUAGAGAAACACAUAGCUACCUUGUUGUUUGCAGAGCUUUUUUAGGGACCCAAAGUGGUUGAUUAUCCUUAUUUAACACACAUUGCCCCGCUUUCAGUGUAGUCUUUCCUGUUAAAGAUUCCUGCUAAAAUUUCAGCGCUGGAUUUCAGACUCUUGUGUUAGAUAUGUUUGUGGCAUGACAGCUUGUGUAUUGCUUUGACAAUUAUUUUUUUUUUACUGAUUAUUUUCCAAUGAAUGUUAUGUUUCGGGUGUCCAAGGCUGAGCUGGAAAAGGUUCUGACUUAGGCCUGUUAGCACAGAUAUAAAUAAAGCUUCUGAAGUGGACAGGAAUUUCACCAAAUUGAAAUAGCUGACUUGAAAAAUAAAAUGUUACAGUGAAUUUGAGAGUUACCAUUGUUCUCACCUGCUGUAUGCCUGAGUGUAAUACAACUAAAUGGCAAAAAUACCAUCUGAAAAAGGCAGUGAGCUUCUAAUCUUGAGCAAAAUCAUAAUAUCCACCUGGAUAACCAGAAAGGUGACCACUUGUAGGUCCAGUCAACCCCUUAUGCAGCCCUUCUGUACAAAGGAAGAUGGUGCAGGUUAUUUUGUCAGGUGCUGAAGGGAAACAUGCCAGGAGAGCCCACAUGGAGCUUUUCAGCCUUUCAGAUGUGUGCUGUUGCCUGGUGGGCUUCCAGGUGGGACCGGAACAUGGACUUCUUGUCUGUGAGGGCUGGGAAAGGGCUGGCUGGGGCUUCUGCUGAGCAACUCCUCAUCUUAGGCCAAGAAAUGAAUCUCCUUCAUUCCAUUUUAACUUAUCUUUGUUUAUCUAUGUUGUUUAAUGUAUAUUGCUGAACCGAUUGUUUUCUAUUAAAAGUACAUUUGUUA